AUGGGCCAUGAGGAUCAGACAUUGUUAGAGCUUGAAGAUUUGGAUCUGCCCUUACCACAGGUGACAGAGUCAAAGAAAAAGCAUGGCUCUUCAAAGUCAAGUACUUUGUAUAUGUGUGGGACCCUCCUGGCUGUGGCCCUUUGUGCUGCUGCUGCGGUCUGCUUUACAUUUAUCAAGUCACCGGACAAGCAGGAUGGCGAAAACUAUCUUAGACAUGCAUUGAGAUCGUCUCAACGUCAAGGCACUAUCACUGCAAAGACUGCCAUCCACCUAAUCGGUGCACACAGCAACACUGGAAAGCCUAAUCUGCAGUGGAAAGACAACCAGGACCAGGCUUUCUCUGCAGGUGGCCUGAAAGUAGUGAAUAAUGAGAUCAUCAUUCCUCAUGAUGGCUUAUACUUCGUCUAUAGUCAAGUGUUUUUCAACAUCCAGUGCAAGUAUGAUCCUGACCCUGAGGACCAAAUUGUGCAUUUGAGCCACACAGUUUUGCGCUAUUCUGACUCGUAUGGAAGCUACAAAGCACUUUUCAGCGCUGUCCGAUCUGUCUGUGUCCAGAUGCCUGACAGUGACGAUCUGUUGUACAACACAAUAUAUCUUGGUGCUGCAUUUCGUUUGAAGAGCAAUGACCGUUUAAACACUACAAUGAAGGAAGAUCUCUUACCCCACAUCGAAACUGAGCAUGGCAAGACCUACUUUGGCGCUUUUGCAAUAUGAACUGUGAAACCAAACUUGAGGAAAGGUUAAAGCAUACUAAAGAAAUGGCAACCUAUGGGGAGGAUAGCAAUGGGGAUAUUAAUGUCAACAACACAA